AUGCAGUUGAUUCGUCGAAUGGAGUCGGCUGCUUCAAACCUCUAUAAGGAGAAGAAGAAUUGGCGGUUUCUGUCAUCUGUACUCCGGCCAGCUUGUGCUGUUGGCAUAAAAGCAGCUAUGACAGAUGGUGAUGCUGUGAUUACUUCGUAUCGUUGCCACGGAUGGACAUUGUUACAUGGCGCCAGCGUAUCGCAGGUUCUCAGUGAACUGACUGGAAGAAUGGCAGGCGUUGUGCACGGAAAAGGAGGAUCAAUGCACAUGUUUGAGAAAGAUUUCUAUGGUGGCAACGGCAUUGUUGGUGCCCAGCAGGCUUUAGGAACGGGAAUCGCAUUCGCCAUGAAAUACAAGUCAGCUCUAGUCUUCGUAGAUUUUUCAUGUUUAAAGAUAACUUUCAAUGAGAGGAUUUGUAGGAAGCAAAAGAAUAUCUGUCUAACCCUUUAUGGAGAUGGUGCUGCUAACCAAGGUCAGCUCUAUGAGUCGACGAAUAUGGCUAUGCUCUGGAACCUUCCUGUGGUAUAUGUCUGUGAGAACAACGGCUUCGGUAUGGGUACCCAGGCAGAGAGAUCGUCCGCCUCGACUGAUUACUACAUGAGAGGUGAUUAUGUUCCUGGUCUCUGGGUUGACAGUAUGGAUGUGUUGGCGGUACGUGAAGCGAUUCGUUGGGCAAAGGACUACUGUAAUGCUGGUAAAGGGCCAUUAGUGCUAGAGCUGGCGACAUACAGAUAUUCUGGACACUCCAUGUCCGACCCUGGAACAAGCUACCGAACACGUGAAGAAAUCCAGGAGGUUCGCAAAACUCGUGAUCCAAUCACUGGUUUCAAGGAUCGCCUCAUUACUUCUGGACUCGCGAAGGAAGAUGAUCUUAAGGCCAUUGAUAAGGAAGUCCGUAAGGAGGUCGACGAUGCUGUGAAAGUAGCAGUUACAGCUCCAUUGUUGCCCGAAGAUGGAAUUUAUGCUGAUAUACGUGGAGUUACCAUCGAUGAAUCGCAUGUGCAGAAAUACGUGAAUUCUACCGAGCUUUUGAAAGCUAUUAAUAAGUAG